AUGACCCUCUUGCUGACCAUGGGGCUAUCAGUCUCGUGCCUUCUGUGCCUUGGCGUCGUCACGUCAGCUCAGCAAGUGCCGCCGCCGUUGGGGCUGAGCCCAGCAACGACAGCAACCGCAAGCCCAGCAGGAUUCAACACUUCGAGCCUGGCGGCUUUCGUGCAAGCUGGAGGCAGGUAUGUCAAUGUACGGAGCAGCAGCAGCCACUGGGAGUUGCAGGAGAUGGCCUUGAUGCUUGAAGAGGCAGGAGUGCCCCUGUCCGAGCUCUUUGUAAGCCUGCACAUCGAUUCGGCUGACUUGAGCUACACGGGCACGAUCCUCGCAGUGGACCGGAUCUUGCAUUCCUUGGGCUUGUCGAAGUUGGAUCUGGUCCUCAUCGGCCCCGGAGAGGUCGCCGAGGAAGCUCCUUGUGCUGUCAGCGCAGAGGCCCUGCAGCUCUGCCUCGCUGGGGGUUUGGCGGCCGUGGAACAUCUGCGCCUGCGCGGCCUAGUCGUUGCGCCGCCGGGUGCCUUUGAUUGGCCCUUGUUUCAGAUGCAGAGACUCUGGCCACUGCUACGGAUGCCCUUGGCUGCGAUGCACCUGACGUUUGACAGCUUCGCAGGCAGCCACAUGCCCUCUCUGAAGCUGUGUCUUCUGAGGGGAGUGCCGGUCAUUAUGAGCGGCUUUGCCGAGCAGCCGGGCCGACUUCUUUUCCCGAUGCUGCUCAGCGAAAAGAAUUCCAAGGCAGCACGGCAAGGUUUUGCGCAGCGUCUGGCCGUCCUUGCGACUGCCGAGUGGCUGAGAAGUAAGGGCGUGGCGGUGCUGGUGCCCGGCAACUUCGACUCUGCACAGCUGGUCGAUAUGAUCCGGACAGUGGCGGACGGCGCAGUUUCAGAAGAGAAAGUCUUUUUGGAUGCGGCUUUACAACAGCACCUCGACCUGAACUUCUGGCCCGGAGACCUUCCGAGGAUGUAUACUAUACACUUCCAGCCAGGGGCAACUUGCACUGCAAAUCUGGAGGUCAUGAGCGCCCGGGAAUGUGACCUCGCUAUGCAAGAACUGGACAAGCCGGGUGAUGUGGUUACUUCCGAGGCUGUGGUCCUGGCCCGCGGGUGCACUUUGUAUUUUGAUGAUAGCUGUUCAGCCAUCGAGUGCGCAGAGGCACACUUCCGAGCUGAGGGCCCAGCUGCAAGCGAUGAUCGAACAAAUCGAGCAGUGCCGGUAUGCCAACUCGACGCAGCUGACCCUCCGGAGCAGGGGAGAACCUUGUUUCUGUCAAUGUGCAUGGGUACCGAGUACUUUGACAAGUUUUGUGCACCCUUUCUCGGGUCUUAUCGGAUGAUGUAUGGAGGCUUUCCCAGUGGGUGGCAUAGCAUGAGAGUGUGGACGAUCCAUGUGGACGCUUCCCAUCUAAACCGUGCGAAGGCUUUGUUUGCCGGCGUGCAGUUUGAAGAAGGCAGCUUCGAAGUGCUUUCCCGCCGCUUUGAAGACGAAGUUGCUGAAGGUACGGGCUUGGAAGAUUUCCUGAGGGAGGACCAAGACAAGACCGACGAUGGCAGCACGGGAUGCUUUGAGUGCCAAGUCGGUUCGAAGGCAUUUUGCGAUUGUGAUCCUCGUGUACACGACGAGAAGGUCGUUUUCAAUAACAUCUACUUUCUUGAAUGGGUUCUGUCGCAGGUCGAGCAAACGGAUGGCUUGGGAUUUCAGUAUGUUGUCGUCAUCGACUCGGACAUGCUGUUCGUGCAGCAGCUAGUCAGGUUUCUCCCUCGGGAGCCUGCAGCCGAGUGGGAGUAUGCUUUCACAUUUUACGACCGGCACCACCGAGUUCCUUGGGGACACAAUGAGGAUGUUGCCAAGACAAAGAAUGCACAUGUGCGCAUCAACUCCGGUGUCCAGAUCUUCAGAUAUACAGAUGGUGCCAAAGCCUUUCUAAGCACUCUCCUCAGGACAACCCUUGCCGCAGUGAACUCCGGACAUGUACAUUCCGAUCCGGACUUCCCGAAAGACGUCCUUCGCGAAUUCAAAGCUCCAGGUCAGGCUUCCAUUGCUUGGAUUGUUGGCCUGCAGAAUUUGCUGUUCGAGGAUUGCUUAGUCUGCUGGCCCGAUAUCACAUCUGUUGAGAUCGAUGUGUCGCGACAUGAGAAAUUGGUAUUGAAGAUACAGGGCCUGCCCGCCCGAUUCCUGAACCAGGCCGAGUCAGUUGUGGAGGGCAGUUUGGGACCUGACACACAUAUGGUCCACUUGAAGGGUCUCUGGUGGCGACUUCUGCUACUCAAUGGCACCGCUCAUUCCACCAAAACUCGAUGCCUGGGCUGGAACUCGGGUGCAUAUCAGCUCUGGGCGACGCUUUACCUGGCAUGGCAGCCACAGCAUGUUUUGAGUGCCUAUGUGCGACGGGGCCGGGGAGAUUCCUGCCCAGAGCCGUCCGAAUGGAUGGUCGGUCUGUAG